AGACAGAUGGAUGAGCAUGAUGGCAGACAUGCAGAAUAUGCAACCCGUCCGCAUGGCAAAUAUACCCAACAGCCCCGAACGUUCUCCCAUUCUCCGCAUCGCCUUAGAACCCCGGGAAGUCAUCUAUAGCUACCUCCUCAUCUAUCCAAAGCCAAUCAUAGUAAAGCACGACUGGGAGAUCGUUGAGCGAAAUCCUUUCGUCGAUCACAGCAUCAUACUAGUCUGCAAGCAAUUCGCCACUGAAGCAUCGGCUUUCUUAUACAGAAACAACACCUUCCAAGCCCUCCUGCGAGUAACCACUGGUCAAUUCCGCCGCUUCGAAGUUCCUACCACCAUCGCUCCUAGCCAUCACGCCAACUUCCGCAAUCUCAUCAUAAAUUGCUCUCCAGAUUGUUGGAACAUGGAUUGGCACGAGAAGACCGCCAAAGGUCUCAUGACCCUCGUCUCAGCCAAAGCUGUCAUCAAAUCCCUGACUCUGGUCGUGAGCCCUAAGCGCGUUGGCAUGUCGACUACAGCUCUAGGUGAUGAGAAUACUCCGAUCACCUUCGCGGACUUCCUCUGGUAUCACGGUCCUUUGAUGACUGCUAUUCGUAGGCUUGCUCCUCAAGUCUUGAAGAUCAUUGUCACAAAAAGCGGUACGAACAGAUUUGGUAUGGAGGUCAACACUUCCUAUGUCCAAGCGGGUCUGUUGGAGGAAGGUCCUUUGGCGAAUGAAGAGACUGUCAGGAUGAGGAAGUUAAAUGUCCAAUCGGUCGAGGGUGAGUUGAUGACUCUGAAGAUGAGGUUGGAACAAAUUUAUGAGGAUGAUCAGUUGGCUGCUCUGGAGGGGGUGUGUACGCCGUUGAUCGAUGAAAAAGUUGCGAACCGGGCUACACCUCCUACAACGGUGCCCAGCCACGGGCGUCGGAAGUAAAAGGUGGAGAGAAGGAACCUAUUUCGAUCGACGAUUGAAUUUCUCGAAACUGUGGUGGAUAUCCUCGGAUUAGCAGACGCAUUCGAAUGUCUGAGGUGAAAGGGGUUUGUCAUUUUGAACAGCCGAACAAGGCAGCAUUAUUUUCUUUUCCCAAGUCGUUCGCGCAGAUUUUACUUUGCAUUUCAACUUCAAUGUUUUCAGAUCUCCUUUCAUCAUUGUCCAGAGAAGCCAUAGAGCUCUCAUUCAAGCUUUGAAAUGCAAU